AUGGAAACUCCACGACCUCCAUCGUUUUUCGAAGAUCUGAAGCUAAGAGAAGUCAAUGGAUUCAGAGUAAAAAAGCGCCCAUACCCUACCAACGAGAUGAGAGAUUUGGAUCCAGCAGGAGCUGUAGCAGUUGAGCACAGAGGCGAGCCUUCUCCUCCAAUGGCUUUAUCGUUCGGCAAGACUAGCAAGACCGGCCACAUUCUUGCUCUCAGUGAUGAGGGGGGUUAUGUAAAUUUGUUUGAUACUAGGAAGAGGUUCGUGGAUUCAUCAUCUUACCAAGAAAAUGCAGAAAAAGCCAAAGUUUCCGAGUGGGUGGGUCAUAACAAUGCCAUAUUUGAUCUGUGUUGGAACAAGGAUGAUGCAAAUAUCUUAACAGCUUCAGGUGAUCAAAGUAUCAAGGUUUGGGAUGUACAAGAGCAGACAUGCAUAAGGGUAUUGACCUGGCACACAGGAAGUGUGAAGUCCAUCAGUUGCCACCCUACUAAUCACAACCUUGUUGUGUCUGGAUCAAGAGAUGGUUCAUUUGCUUUAUGGGACACCAGAUGCUCAGAUAAUACCAAUCAGAAGCUGAAUUUGAGGGAUCCAUUUGAUAAAAUGCCCGGGGCUCACACUUCUUCUGGUCGAAGACGUUGCAGACGUGGGAAGGCUGAAUCCAUGAGCAUCACAUCCGUGCUUUAUCUCAAGGAUGAAGUAUCUGUUGCUACAGCUGGUGCAGUUGACAGUGUUAUCAAGUUCUGGGACACGAGACAUCUUAAAGGUCCAGUUAUUUGUGCAUGUCCUAAUCCCGAGUCAUCAACAAAGGAAAAGAGACAUGGCAUAUCCAGCCUGUCUCAAGAUUUGAAUGGUGUGUUUGUUACGGCCUCUUGUAUGGAUCACAGAAUAUACCUAUACAAUGUGCUUCAGCUUGAAAAGGGGCCGGCAAAAACUUUUUCCGGAGGCCGAACUGAGUCAUUCUUCGUGAAGUCAGCAAUAAGUCCUGAUGCUGCUCACAUACUGAGCGGGUCGAGUGAUGGAAAUGCUUACAUAUGGCAGGUGAAAAAACCUCAAUGUGAUCCUAUCACUUUGAAAAGCCAUGAUGGUGAAGUCACAGCUGUAGAUUGGUGCCCAUCAGAGACUGGGAAAGUGGCAACUUGCUCUGAUGAUUUCACUGUUAGAUUUUGGAACAUAAAAAACAGCUGUUAUUCAAGUACUCGGUCUCCAUCAUCAAUGAGAAAGAUAGUGAGGUCAUUUCCCAAAAUAGAAAGGAAAAAACUGUUCUUAGAUGAAACCUCCUGCAAAAAGACCGAUUUAGAAAGCACGUGCCUUAGUGAAACGUGCCAUGUGGACUCGCCACAGCCUAACAGAACCCCCGAAGUAAGUACCCCCGAGUCUAUGAAGAAAAAAUUCUCCCUAAGUUUCGAAGUCAAAGAAAACUUAGAUAAAACACCGGAAGCUGAAUACAGUAGCCCGUCCUCAGUUCUAAAUCCUCCUUCGUCAUUGAAAAGAAAGACGAUCCGGGAUUACUUUCCGGUUUCUUGA